GGGCGCUGCCGGAGCCGUUGCCGUGGUGACGAUCGGGACGCGGCCAUGGCGGAGGGCGGGCACGGCGCAGAGCAUGAAGAGGAACAGCCUCAAAUUUCAGAUGAUCCUCAAUUAAAACAAGAUCCUGAAUCAAAAGAAGAAUCAGUGCCUUUGGAAGCAGAAAUUCCUGUGGAACAACUUUUUUCUGCCCCUACACCCCAAUAUCUGCCACCUGUACUUGGGGAAACUCCCCCUGGAGACCCCCCUGAUCCAAAAAAAUGUUCUCCUCGAGAAUUCUUGGAGUUUUACAUCUUCCCAGUGCUCCUGCCAGGACUGGCUGCACUUCUGCAUGAAGUAGAGAAGGAGAAGUGUUUGGAGGAAAAAAGAACCAAAUUUAUUCCCACUGAUUUCCUAACUGAGUGGUUAUACAACAAUAAUCCAAAGAGGAAAGAUGAGUCAUUCACAGAAUUGUUUUCCAUUCCUUUUGUUAAGGACUGGCUAAAGGACCAUCCUAGACCACCAGUUCCUCUAUCUCUGCUUCUAUCAGAAGAAGAAGCAAGCAUUCUAAUCCAGUCCUUCUGGAGAGGUUAUCGGGUUCGUUGUGACAGUGAAAUACAAGAGCUCCGUAAGUGGCAAAAGAAGCUGAGAGAGGAGAGGUACAUUCAUGAUGUGGUGAGAAAAUUCUGGGCUAAACAGGAAGCCAAAGUGGGAAGCAAAUCAGAAGAGCUGGACUAACGUACACAAAAUCCUUCAUCAUCUCAAUUUUAGUUUCCUCACUAAAAUUGCAAAGCACGGAGCUCAUGGACUUUGUGGUACUGAUUUAGAAACCCUUUUAGCAUUAAAGUUUUACAUGUAGGGUAUUGUAAAUCAAAGGCAGGUUAUGUAAGGACCCAGCAGGCCAAGACAAAAUUCAGUCUUGGUCUAAGUGAGCACAAUUCUGUUAAAACAGAUGGAAUGGUGCACAUCUAGCCAAAAAUGUUGAAUCUGUAUUUAUCUUGUGUUCCUGAAUGCUCACUUAAACCCUUUUCUGACAGGAACAAAACUCUGGAUGAAAUUAAAUGGGGUUCUAUCCACAUGUAGGCAAGUGUUAAAUCUUCAUUUAUCAUAAACUGGACUUCUGUGACUCCUGCAGAGCUAUGACAAUUUACACAAAUCCAGGCUCUGUUCAGAAUGGUCUAAUUUGCAGAAAUGCUGUGCCCCUGCAAUUCCAAUGAGAGCAAUGAGAGCUGGGGUUGCUCUGCAUUUCUGCAGGGGAGAAAAGUCAAAGGCCCUUUUGUUACCACUUAGCACAUGUGCUGGGAAAGUGUAGAAUUAAGAUCCCAGUGUCAGCAUUUUCAGCAAUCUUAUGCAGGCUACUUACUUUUAUCAAGUCCAAGCACAGUAAAAAUCAGAUUGGGCCCCUUGCUAAGGAACCCUGAUUAUUUUUUUUAACUUAGCCCUGUCAAGCACAGUCCUGUUUAUGCCUUUAUAAUUUCACAAUUAGAGAAGAUAGUAGCAGAACUACAAAUAAUUCCAUGUAAGCCAAAGGUGUAGUUGUUUUGACUGAACACCUAAUAAAACCACUUGCUGUGGGUCUACAUGGAUUUCUUCCUUCACUUGCACAGACUUUGUCUUCACUCUUACACCAGUACCCACCCCUUGGGUGUGCUCCUGGUUGGUGAUGAUGGUUCUUACACCAGCUCUGGAAAAUCGAACCAUUUGAAGAAAAACUCUCAUUCUGCACUUUUCAAACGCGGCUGAAUUCUUCUGUCCUCUCCUUUUCACAAGCAAUUGAAUCAGAACAGGAAACUGCUGAGCCAACAAGGGAAAAAAGCAUCCCUUUUGUGUUAAGAGUUUGGCUGCUGAGCUCCUUGUCUGGCUCCUGGGUUUGAUAGGUGCCAGAGCCCAGGGUAAGUGUGGGAAUGUGGCCAGAGGUAGAGGAAUGUGCUUUAGGAGCCCUUUCCUUCAGUUUAACAUUGAUGAACUGCACCAAGGAGCAAUUCUCUCUGUAGCAGUGCUCACUGCAAUGGAAAAAAAAUCUGUGUGGAUUUUAAAACCAAGAGGACACAACCAUUGUAAGUAAAUAGUAAAGCCUUUAUUCUCGUUAAGAACAGCAUUUUGAAAAUAAAACAUUUGCCCAUGCUUUACAACCUUUGUAGUUUUGUAUACUUAUGUACAGUCAUCAUGGUACACAUUGAUUGUCUUGAAAACCCUUGAAAGAUGUACUUAAUAAGAUACCAGUAUGCAACAAUCAGCAGGAAAAAGGGUACGUUAUAAAACACACGUUAAUACAUUUAAUAAAUAUAUAUUAUCUAUCAAAAAUGAGCUUUAGCUCUCAUCAAUUAAUAAAAAGCACCUGCUUUGUAAUCCUGUAAGUUGGUAGAAUAAUCCAAUUGUUUUGUUAUAAAAGCUACAAUGCUCCCUUUUGUAUGGCCUUUGGUUAGACCCAAGGCAUCGAGCUCAGACAAAGCCAAGCAAGGUGCCUGUGUUUAGAAUAAAAGCAGAAACAGCUCAUUCUAAAGUAUUUCAUGUACCUUGUUUAUAGAAGCAGCUGGAUGUAUUGAGAGUGUUCUUCUGAAGAUGCUACAUAUUUUCUGGCAAGUGUCAAAAUCAAACACCCUCAACCCAUCUGAAAGCUGGACAGGAUCUGUAGGACUUUGAAAUCUUUUCCUGCCAUUGAUCAAAGCUGGUCAUUUUACAUCUUGUUUUGCUAAUAGAUGCUUUUGUCAGAUGCUUUUUGAUUUCAUUUUUCUUCAUGGAAACACCAUGAGCACGUAACCAUCAAGGGACAACAUAGUAGCUUUUAUAGUAUAAAAGCUAAUUAUAAUCAGGAGAACUGCGAAAGGCUUGUGCUUAGUUACUUAUUCAUGUUGUUCACAGAUGCUCUACAUUCUAGAAAACUUUCAAAAAAGGCAAAAGUAAAUACUGUAACAAAAAUAUAAGUUAACAUAAAGGUGCCUUUCUUCAAUUACAGUUUUAUUUUGGGGCAUUUUACAUCACAGACUAGUGACUUACAAAAAAAAGUUGCUCAUCACUAAUUGUAAAAAGUUGGAAAAUAAAGACCCUCCUAAAUCUAUUGCCACACAUUCACCACCACACAUGAAACCCAAUCCUGCUAAUUUUUAAUUCAGUGAAUAUCCACAUGACUAAGCUGGUGAGACUCAUCAUGUGAAUUGCAGUUUGUAAGAUCUGGCCAUAUCUUUGCAUAAGCCCUGAAAUCCCAAACAACUUCAUCAGAAGCAGGAUUGGGAACUCUAUUUAUCAAUUCAGUCACAUCUAGAAAAAGAAAAAGAAAGUUUCUUAAGAUAACUAUGUCUUGUAUAGUUUUUGUCAAAGGUCUGUAAAAUGUGUAUUAUAAUUCAUAAGUCUUGGUUGUAGCAUGAUAAACUCUUUAAAAGAAACCUGUCCUACCAUUUAUGCCAUGGUCAUCUUAUAUGUUUUUAUGCUAAGAGUUUUAUAAGGGAUUUUUUUUCCUAACUUUUUUAAAAGCAAAAUUCUGCAGGCAAGUGAUGGUAAUAGUUUUUUUAUUGUUCCAAAUUACGUGUCUUCUGGGUGGCUAUCAUUAUCUUAAAUAUUAUCUUAUUUGAUCAAAGCUCUGCUCAUAACAAGCAAAAUGUAUUUCUAAGUCACUGGAUAGCAUGCAAUAUCCACCCCUACCCUACUUGGUUACUAAGGCCAUCUAGUUACAUACAAAAUGAAAUAAAGGAUCCCUACAACAAGCACAUGCUUCCUUUGCCUCGAGGAGGGAGGGCAGGGGGGAGCUGACAUACUCCUUCACUCAUGCAUGACAGAAAAACAUUGCUUCUGGAGGAGAAGGGCUUUGAAAUAAAACCCCAUAAGAUGAUCAUGGCAAGAAUGGCAAUAGAUAUUUUUCCAUAUAUAUAUAUAUACACAUAUAUCUGUGUGCAACACUUAGGGACUGGUCUUGCAGCCUCUGUACCUUGUGUAGACCUACUGGUGUCGAUGGGGCUACUCGUGGGAGUACAGGUCUGCAGGACUAGGCUCUAAUUCAGUAGAAAUGGAGGUACAUGAGGAAUCAGGAAGACUCUUGAAAAAUAAAAAGCUUGUCUUUCUUCUGCAGUAUACAGCAAGUAACUUCUCUCUGUGAAGCUACUAAGCUAUUCAGUUAUUUGUACUUUUUAUUUUUUAGUUUGAAAAUAUAUAUUUUUAUUACAGCAUAUGCAAAGUUUAAUUGUUAUAUGUUUCCUAUGCCUUCAAGUAAAAACAAUUAGCUUUUAGUAUUGAGGAAAGCUAAGAUUAACAUUGGCCAAACAGUGAGGAUAGAGUGAUGUUUUCAAUGUCCGAUAUGUAUUAAAUGUUAAAGAAAGGAAUGAUUGCUU